UAUAUUUUACGUUCAUUGGUUGAUGUUUUGUUUUCAAUUGCCGUAUAAAGAAAUUCAUAGUUUCUUUUUAUUUAUUAAUUUAAUUUAUAAGUUGUACAAGAUAAGUGAUAUUUAGGACAUUGGUUUCGUAAUGACAAUAUCUGCAAAAUAUAUUCUAUAAAGCAGUGAACAAAUUCUAACUGUGUAAAGUUCUACAAAGAUGACUCUCGCGGAAUUCUUCAGCUGUUCAUUGCUUGCAUUCGGGGCACCCUUAGCGAUGUUCGCGCUGACCAUCGCCAACGACCCGGUGCGCAUCAUCAUCAUGAUAGCGGCAGCGUUUGCCUGGCUGCUUUCAUUCCUCGUGUCGUCUCUGGUGUGGUUUGCUGUGGUCCCUCUCCGAUCUCAGCUUGCGUUUGGUAUGGUUUUUGCUGUUAUCAUACAAGAAGCAUUUCGUUACGGCACCUACCGUCUAUUAAGAAAGACUGAAGCAGGCUUGAAGGAGAUCUCAGAGAAUCAUAAUAUUAGCAACAACAAAAUGGAGAUGGCCUAUGUUUCAGGGCUUGGGUUUGGGACCAUGAGUGGUGCAUUUGCCCUUGUCAAUGUACUCGCUGAUUCAGUUGGCCCUGGAACAUUAGGUCUGUAUGGUGGAACGGAAUUCUUCUUUGUGACAAGUGCAGCGAUGACACUUUGCAUGAUACUUCUUAAUACAUUCUGGAGUAUAAUAUUCUUUAGCGGACUGGAUGACAAGAACUACAUGAAGAUUACAUGGGUCGUUGGAUCCCAUUUUCUUGUGUCUGGUUUGAGUUUAUUAAAUCGUAACCAGUGGUAUGCGGCAACAAUUCUCCCGUCAUAUAUAGUUUUAGUUGCAACCGCAGUAAUUGCAUUUCGAUCAGCCGGAGGUACCACGAAAGGGUUAAUGCAAACCCUUGCUGCUAGAUCAUAAGAGAUACAUUUAGUGUUAGUUAUCACAUUCUGUUAUUUAUUAAUACUUUAGAUUUGUAACUUGUAAGUUUUAGUUGAAAUGUUUAUCAUAAUUGACAUAUUAAUAGCUUUACUAAACUUUUCUCGCAAAUUUGGGAACCCUUAAGUGCAUGAUGAUGUAUUUAUACAUUAUUUUCCUUAGACAAUUAUUUAAAAAAAAUUAAUUUACCUUAUUAUCUGUUAAAUUUACUACCUGUUUCAAUCUAUGGCACAUAAAAAGAAGAAAAUCAUGUAUUUAAGCAGAAAUUUAAGCCAUCUUUGUUUUUAAAUAGCAAUUUACUAUAUUUGUAUAUGUAUAAUUAAAAACAAUAUUAAUAUUUGUAAUUGGACAGUUUUAUUUUAACUUAACAAUAAGUAUAUAUUAUAAUUACAUAGAUUGAUGUUUAUCACAAUUGUUGCAGUAGAGUUACAAUUCCACAAUAAAAAUGUAUCAAAACAGAUGUUUCUUCAACAAGUAUUAAAACAAUUUUUAUAUUA